AUGAUCAACGUGAUCUUCACUCCAAAGAAUAAAUUAAGAAAAUAUAUUGAUCAGGGUCAGGACCUACGGAUAAGCGCUGUCUACGCUCAGCUCUCCUCUAAAGUUAAUGCCCACGCCAUUAUCAGCAGCCAAGCUGUCAAUCAGGAAGCAGAACUCAGAAAAUUGGCCUUUCCUGUAGCCUACAAGGAAUUCUGUUACCACAUCAGUAUUGGGCUCUGUCUGUUUUUUGGAGUCAGCAUGAAAGAAAGUCCCCACCCCAGCCGGGGGAGGGCGGGGGCACCUCUGCAGUUCCUACAGGGCCUCGGUGUCCUGGCCCAGCACUCUUGCAACCUGUGGGAGUGGAUCUGGCUCAGCAUAGCCAGCAGGUACCUCCUCACCACUGCGCAGUCACUAGGCAGAGACCGGAAAUCCUUCCUCUACCAUUCAUGCCGGGCGCGGCACCUGGACUCCGACAGGGAUGCAACAGGUUACUAUUUAUCAGAGACCCCCACCUGUUUUGGGCUAGUGCUGAUCCCUCUGAGUCUCCGGAAGCUGGUCAACUCAGACCUUGCAGAGGAAGGAGGGUCGGAGGAAGCAGAAUUUUCUAAUAUCGUCUUAGAAAAUUGGGACAAAAUUCUAGAAUGGGACAGAAAGUACUGGAGUGAAGAGCAGGCCGAGUUCCUCUGUGCGAUUUCCAAGGAGCUGCUCCGCAGGCCUGACGGUACGACCAGUGAGCCCAGCGAGAAAGCCGUGAUUUUGCAAGAACAGGGGGUUCAAGGGUGUGAGACGCAGUGCCGGCAGCUGAAGAAACAUUUUACCUUUUCCCACGAUGCAACGAACCGCCAUAUUGAGGAAGUUUGGCCUUGA